AUGCCAAGAAAAGCAAAGAGAACGGAGGAGACUCCUCAAACGAUUCGGCCGGCCAAUACUUUACGACUGGACGUCGGGAUUCUAAGUGGUUCAAUAGCUGGGAAAGAGACUUGUAUAAAGCGCCGCUCCCUACGUGGAAUGGGAUUGUUUGACAGGGAUUUCUGUAGUAUUUUCCAGCUUGGCUUGGGCUUCAUGUUGAUAUUUUCAGCCUUCACUAGCCAUGGAAUGAUUGAGAUUGCUAUUAUCAAAAAUAUUGCUGAAAAACAACCGACAUCAGGUAUAACCGAGCAGUCCGGUUACUAUAGCUUAUCUAUCAUUUAUCUGACUUUCACAUUUUCGAAUUUUCUUGCACCUGCCAUAAUAAAUGCUCUGAGUUCAAAAUGGACAAUGAUUUUUGGAGCUUUGAUGUACUGCAUCUUUAUGCUUGGCUUUAUGAACCUGAAUAUAUAUUCUCUUUACAUAUUUUCGGCACUCACAGGCUUCGGCGCUGCAAUGAUAUGGACUGGACAGGGAGUCUAUCUCACAACUUGGUCUCGGAUUGAUACUGUCGCACGUAACAGUGGCAUUCUCUGUGCUAUGCUACAAUCAUGUUUUAUUUUCGGCGGACUGUUUCUUUUGUUCAUCUCCUUUUCAGGUACUAUCGUUUCUUCGGUGAAUUUAAUUUAUGCAGUAUUUUCUGUGAUUACUUUUAUUGGUGUAAUAGUAUUAGCACUGCUUCCUGCGAAACCGAGUGGAGUGACGUGUUUUGCUGAACAAGCUGAUGGAGAGAGGAAUGAGGGUAUAAUAGAUGAGGAAAAUGAAGUCAGUAUUGUCAAUGGUCGAAUUAAUUUUGAAACACGAUCAAUACGUGGUGCAGUAACACCGCGUACUGUUGUUAAUUGGAAAAACGAAUUCCAUAGUACAUUUCGUUUGGCGGUCACUCGACGAAUGUCCCUGCUUGCUGUAGUGUUCAUGUAUAUGGGUAUAGAAAUGACGUUUUAUACUGGUAUUUAUCCAGCAUGCCUUGCAGCAUUUGGGCAUUUGGGAGAUAAUGGCUUAGUCAUUGCAUACAAUGCUUUUGCUGUUGGAGGAGGGCAAGUCAUCGGUAGUCUUACGUUUGGAGUUUUCGCAAAUAGAUUGGUUGCUUAUGGUCGCAAUCCAAUAAUUCUUGUGGGAACCAUUAUUCAUCUGUUGGCCUUCUUUUGUAUUUUUUUGAAUAUUCCAAUGGAAGCACCAUUGCAUAAAACGUAUUCGAAAGGUUUCAUUGAACCAAAUUAUUCAUUAGCCUUGAUUUGUGGUUUUAUGCUUGGUUUUGCGGAGAGUUGUUGGAGCACACAGAUUUAUUCACUUCUCAGUUCUCUUUAUAACAUCAACAGUUCCAACGCAUUUGCGCUUUUCAAAUUUUACCAGUCACUUGCGGCUUCUGUCACUUUCUUUUAUGGGUCUGUGCUGCUGUUGCAUUGGCAACUGUUGAUACUUGCGGUGAGUGCUGUAUUGGCGGCACUUUGCUUCUUUCCAGUGGAAUGGGAAGCCGUUGCACUCACUAUUCCUCCACCUAUUUUCCUGUCCUGA